AUGAGUCUAAACGGAUUAAGCCCAGAAAUAUGGGUUCUCAUCUUCCAGUCCUUGCUUAAUCGGGAAGAUCUCGCAAAUGUGUGCCGUGUAUCUAGAGCAUUUGAUGCUCUCGCUAUGCCGGUGUUGUACCGAUCAGUCAUUUUUCGCACGCCAAGUGUCAUCAAUCGUAGGCGCACGUUUAGCAGUGACAUCAGAGAGCAAGCGGAUGUCCUUACAUUUGCUCCGCUUGACCGACUUCUAGAUGAAAGAAACGAGAGGUUGAGAUUAUUCGUUCGUGAAAUCAAUUUUGAGGAUGGUUCUUGGCCAGAUCAAGCACCCGAAGAUCUGAUUAAUAGCCUCCUGAAGAAACUACCAAACCUGGAAAGCAUUUACACUGACCUUGAGAUCCCAACGAUAGAGAGCUUUGUGCAAGUGAUGCUCUCCCGCAAAAGAGUUCCAAGGCUUCAUCUACGGGGUGAACAAGGCUUUACCCCCGUGAUUACAAAGAUGCCAUUCGUAACAGAGAUUUGCACUCAUAUAGACGCUACCGCAAGCAGGCAUGGCGGCGAGGAAUCGAGAAAUCAAAAAUUGGCUCUGCAUGAGCUGUUCAAAGCUUACCCAAAUCUCGAAAGCUUAUCACUCAAGAUCAACUACCUUAGGGGAGGCUGUUUGAUAGGUGGUAUUCCGACUACAAGGAUCUCACCACUUACAUUGUCUGAAAACGAGACUUUUCCGCCUUUGAGAAGUCUAACAAUAAGCGGCUACCGAUUCAAAGAGAGCGAGGCCUCUGUCUGGAAAAAGAAGUUCCCCUGGGAUCAGCUGCAAUCACUGAGUGUAGGGCCUCAGAAUGCCUUACUGUUCCCUGACAUUGCGACUGGAUUCGUGCAUAACUUGAAGAAGUUCGAAUUGAAAAGCUACGGACGAGUUGUUGAGAGGGUUGGAGAGUCGAUGGAUGCUCUAGACGCAUUCUUGUCAUCGUUCUGCAGUUUGGAAAUUCUUAUUACCAAAGGGUUCGUCCCUUCAGUGGAUGCUGUGGCUCACCAUCCUGAUUUAAAAAUCCUUUGUCUCCAUGAAAUUGAGACCCCUGGCAAGGAGAGAAAGAAUUUGGAAGCAAAAGAAAUUGAAUACCUGGAUCGGAAUUGUCCGAAACUGACGGAUUUGGAAAUUGAUAUCAACCCUGAAGGCGCAUGGCCCAACAACACCAUCAAUGCCUUGUCCAAAGGUUUCAGAAAUCUACGCCGACUUUCCAUCCAUGUUGGACUAGGAAUUGCCAAGCUCGAGGACCUCGAAGAUUUUGAAAUGAAAGACGCCUUUAUCAAGAGUUUCCAGUCGGUAUUGACCGAAUCAACAGCGCAAGACUUUGCCAAAAGCCUCUUUGAUCGCAGGGGUCCCUCUGGCAUCCCCAUUACGCCAGGGCUGAAAGUAGUUGCGCCAGGACAUUUGAAGCUUAUGCUCCGCUGGAAGGUACCGAUGAGCCGCGCCUCGAAGGGGGUGAAAUUCAUGUUGCUCGCUGGCAAAGAAUACAUUCUACACCGACAAUGA